AGACAUUUAUUCUCAGUCUGUGUUGGAAAGGGCACAGGAUAUGUUCUAGGGAGCAAAUCUGACUAGAUUAAGUCUGCUUCGCUUCUGGAUUAUGUAUAUUAUGCAAGUGGAGGGGAGAGGAGUGAGAGAAAGAAAGAAAAAAUUCUGCAGCACAAAUGGAUGUCUUAAUGUGGAUGACUUCAGUAAAUUACUGGAGUUCUAAGGAUUCUAUUGAUUUCUGAAAAAGAACAUAAGACCAAAGUAUUACAUGGUCUAACAUUUUAAAACUAUUGACGAGGAAAAAGUAUAAGAGAUCUGCGUGACAACAGAACGAUCAAGGAUUACAAUGGUGUCUGUGGAUUUAAGAUCACUGAUACUGCCAGUGGGAAUAGUGCGGAAUUUUGAAUUUGUCCUAACUUGUAUCUGCUUCAGUCUUGUGGCCUCUGAGGGCCACAGGAACUCAUCAUACUGGGCCUGGUGCAUGUUCACUUGGUGCUUCUGUUGUUUCAUGACGCUUUUCAUCCUCAUCCUGGAGUUCACUAGGCUCAACAAUAAAGUGCCCAUCUCUUGGGAUGACUUCACUACUGCCUUCGCCGUGUUGGCCACACUUUUGUUACUAUCAACCUCGAUCAUCUAUCCUACCAUCUACGCUUGCCCUACCUGCAUCAGGCAGAUUUGUGCCUCUGUGGUCUCCUGGAUAUGUUUGGGGCUAUAUGCUAUAGAAGUCUGGUUGGCCCUCAGAAGACCUGGCGAGAUCAGUGGUUUCCUCUCCACUGUUUCUGGCCUUUUGAAGAUCCUGGAGACUUUUGUGGCCUGCAUCAUAUUCACCUCCUUGGAUCCUACAAAAUAUAACUUACGUGGGCUCCAGUGGUGUGUAGCCGUCUACUCCUUGUGCUUCAUUUUUGCCUUGCUCAUCAUCCUCCUUACCAUUGGUAGACUGGUGUCAGCAUUUCCCUUUCCUUUUGACAAGCUUGUCACUAUCUACAACAUCGUUGCUGCAGUGAUGUACAUGACUGCUGUGGUCAUCUGGCCAUUAUAUGCCUUUGAGACAUACUCACGCCCUAUUAACUGUGAUUCCUCGUGUUGGGAUAAGUUGGUGGUGGUGACCUUUAUGACUGCAGUAAAUGUCUUAGUCUACAUUUUUGAUGCAGCCUACUCCAUUAAACUUGUAUUCUUUAUCCGACAGGAGUGAGGCGCGCCAAAUUUUUUGGUCUGUCAACACCACCUGAUUAAGUAUGGACAUAAGAUACUUUGCCACAAUUACUGAUAAUCUUAUUUUCAUUGUAUGUUUAUGAAAAAAAUUAAAUGUAUGUAAGAAGUUGUUUCCCCUAUCUUUCAUUGUUUUCUGCUGCUGCAGUUGAAAUGAAUGACUAUUCAUAUCGCUGUUGUUGGAACAAAACCUUGUAUCUACAAAAUGAUAACUUUACAGGAAAAGGAAAAAACCUACUUUACUUUUAAUGUAAGACGUUUAUCCAAGUCAUUUUGAGCCAUUUCUUUUGGUCCAUCAUGAAAUUUACAAAUAACAUAAAUGGUAAUAGGUACUUUUAAAUUAGGUCAAAAACUGAAAAAACAUAUAAUUAAUUGCCAGCAGCACUUUGGACCACAGUGUUUGUUCCACACAUUAAUAUUUGAUCUCCUUUCCUUUUUGUGGUCUGCUGUAUUACAGGACGUUUUAAGAUAAAAAUGGUUUGGUGACCAUAUUAUGUAACCACAAUAAAAUAUAUUUAAAACCCAAAACAGAGCACACUGUUCACAGAAACCAGCAACUUGUUAAACUAUGCUUUCUUUCUUUGGCUGUAUGUUUAUAUAUCUGUCUGUUUUUCUUUCUUUCCUUUCUUUUUUCUUCCUUUCUUACACAAUGACAUCAUUGUAUGCAUCAACUGUCACAUCCCCCUCUAUAGGUCAAAGUAUGAGCUGUAGCUAUAGAAACAUCCACCACAUUAAUAUAAUUCAUAUAUUUUAAGAAAAAACAUGAAAAAUCCACCUUAUGUCUAUAUUCAGUUACAUUUUCUAAAUUGUUUACUCUAUCAAAAAAGCAAUAAUUAAAAAGUAAAAAGUAAGUAUAACAACAUUUUAAAAAUCAUGUAUGCUGGUCCUAUCCCAUUCCACCAGCUCCAAAAAAGAUUUAGCAUACAUUUAACAUGCAUGUGUAACCAGAGUACUUUAGUAUUAAUAUAAAGCAGUUAUGAUAUUUAAAAUAAUUUUGUAUUUAUCACCCCCCCCACAAUUUCGCUUUUCAAAAAUAAUAAGAAGCAGAGGAAGGACAGAAAUUUUGUUUAAAAAGAAAAGUCUUUUCAAAGCAGUCCACUACCAGAGGAAAUGAGGGGGCAGGUGGUGCUGUAUGGAUGAAGGACCUCACCAAGAUAAGCAGGGCCAAGACCAUUAAAGGCCAUGAUGCUCUCAAACAUACACACUCAUGAUGAGCUCAGACAUCACUUAUUGUCUUUAGAAUGUGACAUCCAUAUCAUAUCAUUCAUUUCUCUUUUUCCACAGAGCAAACAAUUCCAGGUGUGUUAUUUUUAAGUUGGUUAAGCAAACUUUGACCUUUUUACCUUUUCAAAUCAAAGUAUGAAAUGACCCUGUCCCACCACUUUUACAUUAGGAAGUUUACUUAUAUCCAAAGUUCAGCUCUGUUAAAUUGUAGCAACUACUAACAUGUAAGAUUGCGAAUUGCAGCCGUUGGAAUAUGGGUGGUCAGUUGACAAUGGAUUUAGAAAUGUAUCUAAUAUAAAUGACUUGAUAAAUUACUUUUAUGAUAUUCUAAGACUCUUUGUAGAAGACUGGAAAUAAGACUUUUGUUGUUCUGUGCUCUUUAGAUUAUGUUAAUGAGCUCACAUAUUACUUGCUGUCUUAAGAACGUAAUAUUACACCCUAACAUUCAGAUUGUUCAUUUUUCUGUAGAUGCU